UUUUGUUUCUCUAUCUGGCGUCACACACACGCACACUCUGCGGGAGUUCAGAGUGGGUAACCGCCGCCACAGCCAUGGCCGAGUCCCAGCUCAAGUGCAUGGAGGACGGCAACAUCGGAGUCAAAGUCCCGGAGUCCAAACCGGAGUUUUACUACAGCGAGGAGCAGCGCGCGGCCGUCGAGGAGCUGCUCAAGAACGGCGAUGGAGCCUUCAAAACGCGCCUGAAAGAGGACAACAUGAAAGACUUUCUAUCGGCCAGAGAAGUCAAGCUGGUGGUGAGCACCUUCAAAACGUACGACGUGCAUGAUGAUGAUGACAGCAGCAGCAGCGGCAAAGCAAAGCCGUCCGGGUCGGAGGCGGAACCGCGGGGAGCCGCCGGCGGCACCGACGCGGAUUCGGGGGUCCACUCCACCUACUGGCCCCAGAUGUCGGAGACCGAGGUGCCGCCGCUGGACAUCGGCUGGCCCGGCGGGGGGUUCUUCAGAGGGGUCACCCGGGUGUCCGUGCACACGCACCCGCCCAAAGAGAACGGACCUCACAUCAAGGAGGUGGUGCGGCGACUCAUCCAGGAGGCCAGUAAGGUGAUAGCGAUCGUGAUGGACAUGCUCACAGACGUCCAGAUCCUGCAGGACCUGAUGGACGCGUCCUGUCGGCGCUCCGUGCCCGUUUACAUCUUGUUGGAUCACAGAGGUGUGCCGCACUUCCUGGAUAUCUGCUCCAGGAUGCAGAUCGGCUCACAGCACCUUCGGAACUUCCGAACCAGAACGCUUGAGGGGACUGGCUUCGGUUUGUCCUUCGGCAGACUGCCUGGUUCACUCUGCAAUAAGUACAUGCUGGUAGACGGGGACAAAGUCGUGUUUGGCUCGUACAGUUUCUCGUGGUGUACGUCUCGUAUGGACCGGAACAUGAUCACUGUGAUGACGGGGCAGGUGGUUGACUUCUUUGACCGCGACUUCCGUGAGCUUUACGCCGUCUCUGAGAAGCUGGACCUCUACAAGGAGUUCCACUUCAGCCCACCUGCUGCCAACGUGGCAAUACGCUCCAAAGUGGGGACCAUACGCCCACCUCUACCGGCGACCACAUCCCGCUUCCAGGUUAGCCUAGGGGAUUCACGGAAAGCUGACAUCCAGGUGCCUGCGCACAAAUACUACAACCCCAAAUACUCACUGGUGUUUGGGGACACCCCACGUCCAACGGAGCCGGGACCCACGGGAGGGUCGGCUCUGGCUGAGGUUGCUGAGGAGAUGGACCCAGGAGAGCCACCAGUGGCCACCAGUGAGAAGGUGGACAAGAAGGGGCGAGCCGGGUGGAGGCAGAGAUUUUCCAGGAGGAAACUGUCCAGUAAGGAAAUUUUGGACAACCUUGGGACGGGCAGUGUGCAGCCUUCACCAGGAGAGACCAAUAGGACGGAUGAGAACGAGGACAACUUUGAGGUUAUCGUGAAAUCUCCACCCAAAAGGAGGACUAUGAAAACUAAACUGGGCCAGAGGACAGACUCUGAGCAAACGAUCAACACAGCACAGGACAAUGAGGGUCUUCAGGGUCGUCGUCAAGCAAAACAAUGCAGCGUGUCCUGAGGUGAACUACAGAGCGGACUACAUUCAUAAAGAGGAUUACAAAGUGACUUCCGUUACACUCACCUCUCACUGUGCAAUGUUGCACGUACUCUGUCCGGCGCCUUACAGGAAGACCAAAUGAAUGCACAGUUCUUGCUGCACUGACUCGUGCAGUUUUCCUGUUUGGUGCAUGAUUUAAAGUGGAAGUCAAUAAUCAAUAUGCUCAGGGAUACAUGUUACCCUGGUGGGUUGCAGAGAGGGUUAAUGAGAUAGUCGCUGAAUGUUGGUUAAACUUGGGUUUUUAUUUCUGCAAACAGAGGAGGUGUUCGGGGACAAGAGCAUUUAAAGGAAGCCUUUCUCUGAGGUCAAGUCCAGACCAGCAGGGCAAUGAUUAAAGAUGGGUCAGACCCUCUCUGAGAAACCUAAAGCAGGACAUCGUGAGGCCUUGAUUUCUCUUCUGUCUCUGUCUGACUCUCAUACCAUACAAAACCAAACCAAAGGAAGGUUUUACAAUGAUCUACCCCUGUGGUGACGAGGUACUGUGGGCCUUUAUAUGUGUGCAAUACUGUUCUGUAUUCUUUGUUGUCAAUUAUCUGUGAAAUAAUAUUGCACAGUGUUUAUUUCAAUGUGCUUUUGCCACACUUUGAAGUCGUGGGAUGUCUUCUACAGUGUGUUCAAUAAAUGGUUAAGAUUGUCCAUAAAUUGUAGUCUGAAAACAAACCUAAUCAUUUCUUUUCAUUGAAAUUCUAACUGUUUUUUAUAUAUUUUGAAUUCGUGUCAUUUCAAACAUGAGGCAUCACUUUGGAGAUGGCUCCACCUGGUGGUGAGACUCAGUAAUGCAACAUUUCCAGAUGGAAAAGUGAUGAUUGCGCUGCACAA